AUGGCCGGAUCCGACCUCCCUUCCGGCGGCUCCGGCUCGCCUUCGAGCGGCACAGGGCGGUCUAGGAAGCGCAAGGGCGGCGCUGCGGCCGCGGAGGACGCGGCGGCGCUGUCGAGGCGCGCGACGCGGAGGACGGCGGGGCUGGACGUGGACGGCGCCGGCGCCGGAGCCGGUGCGGUAAGUUGGGCGCGGCGCGCGGCCGCGGGGGCUCUCUGGGCGGUGCGGGGGCGCAACCGCGGCAUCGACGACGACGAGGAGCGGUUGGGGGCGGUGAUCUUGGCAGUGCGCCAUGCACGCUCCGAGCUCAAGCCGGACGACGCCGACACGCCGUACGCGAAGAAAAGGCUUCAGAGACAAGGCACAAGGAGUUCUGGGAGGAUAGCUGGUGAGCUGAGUCACUUGUCUAGUUUUCUUGUAUCAACAAGGAAACGUAUUGGGAUAGACCAUGCCAAAUAUCAAGCUUCUGUCCCCCAGUGGGAAAAUGCCCCAUCUGAGAAAGAUAAAGCUGACUACAAAACUGAUAAGGAGACCUUACAAAAGAUGGGCACUGUGGUCAUGCUGCCAUUCAUCGUGGAGACACGGAAGACUAGGCAAACAGAGGAUGACAAGUGUAAAUGUUCUCAUCCUGGAUCUGAGGCCUGUGUAGGAGUUCAUGUAAAAGAGACCAGAAAGAAGCUCAAGUAUGAAUUGGGUGAGAUAGCUUUCAAAAACUGUGGGCUCAAUGCAAUGGGUGAGGAGGUUCUGAAGUUAUGGACUGCAGAAGACAAGAAGAAACUGGAUGAUACUGAGAAGUUGAUUCCUCAUAAUAAACAUGAUAACUUCAUGAAGAUUGCCUCGAAGCAGUUCGGCUCAAAGAAAACAACGGAUCUGGCUAAGUACUACUACAAUGUUUUUCUUCCAAGAAGAUUGGCGGCCUUGACUAGGACAGAAGCUACAGGCACAGCAGAUGUAAGUACAGAUGAUGAAGGCCAUAAUCAACAUGAUGACAACAAUGAGCAUCGUUCUGAAGAGAAGAGUAGACACUCCAGAUAUUCCAAUAGGUAG